ACCACAACAAACAUCAACGCGUUCCUGUUACGCUACUGUACUGUUACAGGUUACGGACAUGGGCUGCACAUCGAUAUGUACACUGCCACGUCUAACGUGUGUGAUCUGCCUAACACAGUGCUCCCGAAGCACUCACCAUCAAAAUGUUUAAAUUGAAUAAAUAGUUUUUCUGGUAAGGAUUUGCACUACACGCAGUAUCUGAAAUCAACCGUAGUAGAAAUUCUACAACCGUUUGCCUUCUAUCUGCAAUUACCUUGUGAAUUAUUUCGCUGAACAAUAUGAAUUCCGGUGGUAAGAAGAAGAAACGGGGCGGUCGCCAGGCUCCCAACGCAGCUAGCGGCAAUAACGCCCGUCCGCCCUCCCGCGCCGUACAACCGCUCGAGGCGCCCGCCGCCCCACCUCCUCCGCCGAGCCCGCGGACGCCGGUGAAGCCGCCCAUAAUGACCGGGACGCUGACCAUUGAGAACAGCAAACUGAAGAGCACUCCGUCGUUGAACGGCGGGGCGUUGUCGGCACGCGGGAAUUCCUACGCGGCGGUGCUCAAGCCGGGACUGAUUGAGAUGACACCGCAGAUCAAAAGCAUGAUCUUUGAAGAUCCCAUUCCAACGCCGCCCUUGCCGCCGCCACUGGGGUCUCGCCCGGCGAUCCACAUACAGUCCAGAGAACCUGGCCCCUCACCGAAUACUCAUCAUGCUUCUAAACUGCCAGUUCCCAGCGAAAGAUCCACUUUUUCCGCGGUUCCGGCGCAAAACUCCGCGCCAGAAUCAACGGUCGAAUCCCUGGAUGCAGUUCCCGACGAGCCCGAGCCGGAAGAAUACGUGCCCCCACCGCCGCCCGUCAAAGACUCCUUCGUCCCGGGAUUCCUGGUCUCCCAGUUGGACAGCCACCGCAGCCCGUUGGAACCGCUGAAGACCGCCGUGGAGGUGACCGUCGAAGAUCCCGACGCGGUGAUGGAGACGGGCGACGACGCCCUGCCCGUGGAAAUGGAGUUCCAUCUGCUGGAGACGGCCUGGACGUUGUACCACAUGAACGCGGGCACGCGGAAGAAGGGAUCGGAUUGGAAUGCGGGGAUCCUGCCGGUGGGCGUGUUCGACACAGUGGAGGCGUUCUUUCAUGGAUUUAACAGCAUGCCGCGUCCUUCGGAAACCGCGCGCCAGCAGGAUUACAUGUUCUUCCGCGGCGGGAAGGGACCAAAUACGGACACACCCGUGAUACUGGCAGCUUGGGAGGACAGCAAGAAUGCAAAAGGUGGAAUGUGGCGCUAUAGUUUUCCCAUGCGUAGUAAACAAGCCGCCCAAGUAGAUUUCUACUGGAAGGAGAUUUUAAUGGCGCUAAUUGGCGAGCAGUUCGGCCUGUACAACGACAGCGUUAACGGCUGCUAUUUCUGCAACCGCGGCGACGAGUACCGGCUGCAAGUGUGGAUGGGCCACAACGAUGUCGCCACCGUUACCGCCGUGGGCGUACGACUGGCGGAGAUCAUGAAUCUGAGGGAUAUCUACUUUGACUACUGUUCGCAUAAAGAGAUCCACGAUAAGGGCAACCGGGGCGCGCUGCCGUUGGUCGAUCACAAGGAGAUCUUCAGCCGCUUAGAACGGCCGCAAAUGGCUGCGUAAAAGGUGGGUUUCGCUCGUCCUCGCUCGGUUGGAACGGGCGCAACUUUUUGCGGAUUGUAUCAUCGUAUAAAUACGAAGGGGAACUUCCGGCACAGACGAAAUGCCAGGAGUGACCAGCAGCUGCAAAAUAGUAGUGUGUGUUCCUAGUUAUCGUCCGCCUAAUUUCGAUUUUUCUAACAGAUUUAAUCCAUUUUAUUAAUAAAAUAAUUAUAUUGUUUUUUAUGUAUUAUUAUUACGAAUUAAAUUAAUUUAAAUAGAUUUAUUACCUGUUAUGAUUUGGUUGUAUUUCUGUAUGAUGAUGCACCGGAGGUGGUGCAUACCCGGUAAAAUAAACAGGAAGAAUCGGCCGAACAGGUGGC